AUGCGCUGCCAUCACUAUGUUAAGAAGAAUAACAUAUUCAUGACCUCAGCUCUUCUUCAAAGAAACCCUGACUUGACUGAAACUACAAGAGAAGGAUCCUUGUCACAAAGUCAACUGUGGAAUGUCAUUAGACCUGCCAUUUUACAACGCCCACAAGCCCAUACCUACCCUGAAAAUCCUGUGGAAUCUCUAGUAGCUAAGAAAAAAGCUCAUGUUCAGCUAUCUGAAGACAGCUGUUAUUCCUCAGCUGAGAAUUCACUAAGUUCCAAAACAGCAGCGAGGUCAUCUACUACCAUGAGUCUUUCUAGCUCUCUAUCAACACCAAAUGAGUUGUUUGAAGACCGAAGUGUACGAAACAGCAGCACUCCUGAUUUUGUCUUUGGAGAAAACAUGGUUGAGAGAGUUAUGAGUCCUGAAAAGCAUUCCAAGCCGUGCAAUGAAGCCGCUUCAUACAAAGAAGAAACAACAUCCACGUACAUAGAAUCUUUUCAUGUCAGCCCACAAACAAGUAAACCUACUCAUCAAACAGAAACAGCUCUGUUGAGGAAUACAACACUAAUUGAAUCAGCAGCUGCUUGUAUUUCCAAGCCAGUGGAGAGAAUUCUGUUAGAUAAAGUUGAAGUUAUAACUGGAGAAGAAGCAGAACACAAUGUAUUACAAAUCAACUGCAAACUCUUUGUAUUUAAUAAGCUUUCUUUAACCUGGAUUGAAAGAGGCAGAGGAUCCCUCAGGCUUAAUGACACUCCCACCAAUAAAUGUGGAAUGUUGCAGUCAAGGCUAAUUAUGCGAAAUCAAGGCAGCUUGAGACUGAUUCUCAACACCCGACUCUGGGAUCAGAUGGUUAUAAAAAGAGCAAACAGGAUCAGCCUGUGCUUCACUGCAACAGACCAAGAGGACUACUCUGUUCAAGUAUUUCUGAUUCAGGCGAGCUCAAAAGACACUGGAUACCUGUAUGCAGCAAUACAUCACCGCCUUGUGGCAUUGCGGAGUUUUGCUGAGCAAGAGACAGAUGCCAAUCCAGUAGACAUGGAAUCAGAAAUAGCUUUUCAGCCUUUGAACUGUGAUAGCGAUGAUGAAUAUGAUGAAAAAUUAACUCAAGUGAGCAGCCGUGGAUCUG